CACAUGAACACAAAGCUCCGGUCAAAAAGGAGCUGAAAGAAAUUGUCUAAAACUGCGCUUUCAAUUCAAGGCUGGCAAAAUCCUCAAACCACGCGCUUAUCUCUGGAAUCUGGGAGGAUUUAGAGCUAAUUUUUCCGCAUCCAUGAAUUCGAGACACACUUUGACUUUUGGCUUUUGGCUUUGACUUUGGCUUCUUCUCCUCCAUUUCAUCGCUCGUUCUCUCCAUCCACCGCUUUGAUUAGUCGGGAUCUGGACAGCAUCGGCGAAUCAUCCGCCUCCGCCUCCGCCUCCGCCUCCGCCGAUCCCCCAUCCAUCCCGCGAGCGCCGCCGUCGUUGCUUCCGCCGCAUCCUGAUUUACAAAGCAAAAGAAAAAUGGUGUGCGGAUACUGAACAGGCAGAAUUACAGGAAAAAUAUGGAGGAGGAUCAAUCAGCCACGUAUAGCGUCGAUGACGCGCUUCUGUCAUCAGGUUUUGGGAGGUACCAAAUAUUGAUUCUUUCAUAUGCCGGGGUCGGCUUGAUUGCAGAAGCAAUGGAGAUGAUGCUACUAUCAUUUGUUGGUCCAUCAGUACAGUUAGAAUGGAAGCUUACUUCACAUCAGGAAAGCAUGAUUACAAGCAUUGUUUUUGUUGGAAUGCUAAUAGGAGCUUACACUUGGGGUGUAGUUUCAGACAACUACGGAAGGAGGAGAGGAUUUCUCUUUACCGCCAUCGUGACUAGUGGAGCUGGAUUCCUCAGUGCUUUUGCACCUAACUAUGUGUCACUAAUUUCUCUAAGAUUUCUAGUUGGUAUUGGAUUGGGAGGGGGACCUGUCCUUGCAUCUUGGUUCUUGGAAUUUGUUCCUGCUCCAACUAGAGGAACUUGGAUGGUAGUAUUUUCUGCCUUUUGGACUGUUGGGACCAUCUUCGAGGCUUCUCUUGCUUGGACAGUAAUGCCCAAAUUUGGCUGGAGGUGGUUGCUAGCAUUAUCUGCUGUCCCAUCUUUCGUCCUGCUUUUAUUUUAUGUUAUUACACCAGAGUCACCAAGGUUCCUAUGCAUGAAAGGCAGAGUAACAGAAGCCAUGGAUGUACUGGAGAAAAUGGCUAGAUUGAACAAUGUACAGCUCCCCUCUGGAAGGCUUGUAUCUGACAAAAACAUUGAGCUAGAUGAACUUUCAACAUCUGAGUCUACAACACUUCUUGCUGAUGCUGAAGAAGAUGACACCAUCAUUGAAGACAAAGUUUCCAGUUUUGGAGGUUUGUCCGUCGCGAAGCUGCUGUCGCCAAAAUUGAUACGUGCAACUCUGCUCCUGUGGAUGACUUUCUUUGGAAAUGCAUUUUCCUAUUAUGGAAUUGUUCUGCUCACAUCGGAGUUAAGUAACGGUAAUAGGAUAUGUGCAAAAGAGGAGGUUGAAUCCAUACACUCAAAUGAUGCAAGCUUAUACAAAAACGUUUUUAUAUCUAGCUUUGCAGAGAUUCCAGGAUCAUUUUUGUCAGCCAUGAUUGUGGAUAGGAUUGGUAGAAAGCUGUCAAUGGCAUCAAUGCUCUUCACAAGCUGUGUUUUCUUAUUCCCACUAAUUUUCUCCCGAACGGAUAUACUAACAAGAGUCUCCCUAUUUGGAGCCCGGCUUUGCAUAUCUGCUAGCUUUACAAUUGUAUACAUAUAUGCUCCAGAGAUUUACCCAACCUCUGUCAGAACAACCGGAAUUGGCGUGGCGAGCUCUGUAGGUAGGAUUGGAGGCAUCCUCUGUCCUCUCGUCGCUGUUGCUCUAGUACACAGCUGCCAGCAGACGACAGCGAUCCUUCUCUUUGAGCUUGUAAUCUUCCUCUCCGGGUUGGCUGUCUCAUUUUUCCCUUUUGAGACAAAAGGCUGUAGACUUAACGACACCGAAGUCGUUAUGAAUUGAUGAGGUGAUUGUAUUGUCAUACCAUUUUUUCUGUGCUGAGUACGAAGUUCCCCUGUUAAUUGAACAUUUCCAGCAAUGUGCUAAGGGUGAUAUUGUUCAGUCUUCGAAAUCAAUUGUUGUUACAUAAUAAAGCCUUUUUCUAGGUUCAUGCCCCCAAAAAUGUGCACGCACAAGUUUGAAGUUAAGGGGUGUUUAA